GUGUUUUGUAGAUGAGGGCAGUAAGGUGUGUGACGGGGGAGUCAGUGGUUGCGGAGGGGAUUCUCUGUAUCUCUACGAAGGUCAGGACUGGGUCAUCUCCCCCUCCUGCUCUCCAGAGGAACCCAGCGCCAUCUCACCCAUGCUGGCCGAGGAAACCUUCCGCUACAUGAUCCUCAGCGCUGACCGGGUGGAGCAGAUGACCAAGACUUACAAUGACAUCGACGUGGUCACACACCUCCUAGCUGAAAGGGAUCGCGACCUGGAAUUGGCCGCUCGGAUCGGUCAGUCUCUCUUACAGAGGAACCACGUGCUGCAGGAGAGAAACGAAUCUCUGGAGGAACAGCUAGCACAGGCCAUAGACCAGGUUCAUCAGCUCCAGCAUGAGUUGGCGAAGAAGGAUGAACUCCUCCGUAUGGUCGCGAGCGCCAGCGAGGAGAGCGAGACCGACUCCAGCUGCUCCACGCCGCUCCGUCACCCGGCGCCCGCCGGGGCCGCUCUCGCCCUCAGCCAGCUGGAGGCCCUCCAGUCCAAACUCCAGGAGCUGGAGGAGGAGAACCUGUCCCUGAGAUCAGAGGCCUGUCACCUGAAGAAGGAGACCGUCACUUACGAGGAGAAAGAACAGCAGCUGGUGAACGACUGCGUUAAAGAGCUACGAGAGUCAAACAGUCAGAUGGUGUCACUGACAGAUGAACUCUCGCAGAAGAGCGAGGAGUUAAUAAGACAUCAGGAGGAAAUCGCACAACUCCUCUCACAGAUCGUCGAGCUCCAGCAAAGAGUGAAAGAGCUGGCUCUAGAGAAAGAAGAGCUGAGAAUUCACCUUCAGGCCUCAAAGGAAGCACAGCGGCAGCUCACGGCUGAGCUGAAGGAGCUGUCAGACAGGAAUGCUGAGUGUGUGGGAAUGCUACACGAGUCUCAGGAGGAGAUUAAGGAGCUGCGCAGUAAGAACACGCCAUCUGCAGGCCUGCGCAGACACCUGUCGCACGGACUCUAUCCUAUGGAUUCUUUGGCAGCUGAGAUUGAAGGUACUAUGAGAAGAGAGCUGAGUGUAGAAGAAGAAAUUGCCUUCCAGGACCAGAGGUCAACGCACAAGCGCGUGUUCCAGACGGUGCGGUCUGUGAAUGAGUCUGUGAUGAGAGCGUCUGCCGCAGUGCCUCCGAUCCCUGGCUCCGCCCGCAGCGGCGUGGUCAUGACCCCAGUGCCCUAUCAAUCACACACACCCAACACAGAGGAGCCAGCUGGAGAUGUGGACGCCACCAAAGAGAACUCUCGUCUGGGUCAGCCCGGCUCUCCCUUCUUUCAGGUCGAGAGAGAGAAGAAGCUGCAGGAGCUGGCGGCUGCCGAGUCGGAAGGGGGCGGGAGCGGCUGCAGUUCACCAAUGGGAAGCACCGUCUCGUCUUUCACCAACCUAUCAGAAUUCUCCAUCUCCUCCAGCUGUUUCAAAACAUUUCUGCCUGAAAAACUGCAGAUUGUGAAACCAAUGGAAGGUUCUCUGACUCUUCAUCACUGGCAGCAGCUCGCUAAACCCCACCUGGCCACUAUUCUAGACCCCCAUCCGGGUGUAGUUACCAAAGGCUUCCGCCCUCUCCCUCAGGACAGUGUUUACCGCCUGGCUGACCUAGAAGAGGACGAAGACCAGGAGAAGCUGCCGUGGGAGCAUAAGAGAAAAGAGGAGAAGCCACAGGAUGCAAAGAUAAAAGACGAAGAGGAGGAGGAGGAGGAGGAAGGAAUCACAUUUAACGUGCGCUCGUCGUCCACUCCAGAAGAGAAGAGAGAAAGGAGGCGUGUCCAAAGCCCGGCUAACGUCCCUCCCCUUCCUGCAUCCCUCAGGAAUUCCCCUGUGCCCCUAGCAACAGCCGUUUCCUUGGCAGCAGCAGUUAACCUGACGACCAGCGCUGCUCCUGCCGUUAGUUCUGGGGUCUCUGGGUCAGCAGCUCCACAGUUUGAGCUGAAUCUCGGAUCUAAAGUGCCCUCUACAGCUGUAAAUCCUGGGAAAUAUCAGAGCUCCACUUUUUCCACAUACACCUUCACUACCUGCCGGAUCCUGCAUCCCAGUGACAGCACACAGGUGACACCCAGCUCUGCCUGCAGUCCUUCUGUAAGUGACAACACCCCUGUUCUCCGGACCGGUCCCAGUACUCCAGUCACACCCUGCCGGUUAAGUCUGGGUGAUUCUUUCCCCAUUCGCCGUCCCGCGGCGCCCCCUGGUGGUCUCGCCAAGCUCCUGCUGGAGAAGGGCAUCUCUGCUCAGGGUCCCGCCGCUGUGCCGGCACCCAAAAAGCCUCUUUCCCUACGUCUUCUUCCCAGCACUCCUCCAAACUCCCCCUCCCACUCCCCAUGCCCCUCUCCCGUGCCCUUCGACUCCCGAUCCACCUCUGCGGACAACUUCCUAGCGUCCCGUCCCGCCGAGCUCUUCCUGCAAGACGUCUACGGACUGAAACUCGGCCGUGCCCCGCGACCGGAUCUCCUGAGCCCUGACCGAUCUCCUCAUGGGACCAAACCCGACUGCCACUCCGUCAACCUCGUGGAGCAUCUUCGCAAGCUAGGCUUGGAUAAAAGAGUCCUCCAAGGGUCAGAUCCCGAAGGCACCCAUCAGCAAGAAUCUGCCACCUUCCUAGCAACAGGAGGAGGCAGCUUAUUGGAUGGGCUUCGGAGAAAUCAAAGUCUGCCUGUGAUGGUUGGCCGCCGCAGCGCAUCCGUCUCCAGUCCGUCCUUUCCUGUCCCGGUCCCUCACCCUACCUCCCUGGCCCUUCCCACCCCACCAUGGGGUAACCUAAACGAACCGCGCCGCACACGUAGACACGCCUCACUUUCCCAGGCCCCGUCCCACUUGCAUAAUUGAUAAGGGUGUGGGCGUGGCCUCCGACAAACAGGCGAUACUUUAUAUCAAUCCCUCAUAUCCUUGAUUAACCCAUCUGUUUCCCGGAAAAAGAGGCUGAGAGACAUUUAAGAAUGUUUUUAAAGCACAAAAAUGAAGUCAAAGUGUCUUGUUGCCAUGUUUAUGUUCAAAUGAAGAUUUUUAAAGGCCUUAUAGCACUCGAGAGACUUCUAAUGCUAUUUUUCCUCCAUUUAAGUCAUCGCAUUUAUGUUCUGUCCUUUAACACGUGAGGCUGUGGAGUUGAGAAGUGUGGAAUAGAUGAAGAAGGGUUAUGUACGUGUCGAGGGUUGUUGAAUGUUGAAUCAAUGGAAAGCAAGUUAAAGGAAUGCUGGAAAUAUGAAGGUUUCUGUAGGUUUAAAGUGAAUUUUCUGUAACUUUGAUUCAUCCUAGUGAAUCAUAUAGACAAGAUUGAGGUGUUGAACACAAAUGAAAAUGGAAUAUGGCAAGUGAAAUAAAUGGUUGCAUCUCCACAGCCUCAUUUUAGGGCUUUGCCUUGAUUCAUUCAGCGGUUCCUGAGAGUUCCUCUCUGUUCGUCCUGUGUUAUAGAUAGCUAAAGCCUUUUAGACAUUUAGUAGAACAUCUACCUGCCAUAUUGUCUAUUUUUGCAACAUUACAGGUGCAGGUGGAAGGUCUGAGCGAGCUUUGCAUCCCUCAAUGUGCUGGUGUAUCUGGACAUAAGCUCCUCCUAUUUCUUUGCACUGAAUUGGUUUUUGGGAAUUUUUGCCACAAAAGAGCAGAUCUGGAUUGCUCAGGAUAUAUUUGGGGUUGUACAGGCACUUGUUCUGCUAAAAGUAACCUUGUUCUAAACGGUGUGUUAUUUGAAAUAAUAUUCAGGGACUGUAUUUAAGGGAAAUUAGUGCUUUGUUCGUAUGUGCACUCGCUGCAGAUUAUACUUUUUCAGUUUGGCUUAAAAUGAUUCUGCGACUGAAACCUGAAGGGAAGGGAGUUUGAUUCUUUUUUUGCUCCAGGUUUCCAUCUUUAAUAGAAUAGGAUAUGUUUUAUCAGUCUAUUCUCAUUCUAUUUGCAUUUACUCCCCUUAAAUACAAAGCAUACAAAUUGUAUUUUUAGUGAAUACGGAAACCUUUCUGAAGUAGCCCUGAAGAUAUCAACCACAGUUUUACAUGGUCUUGACACUUAGACCAUGACCUUUGACCCCUGAAUGAAUUCCUUAGUGACACCGAUUGUGCUUCCUAGCCAUCUUAACUUGUUUCUCCACUUUUCUCGUUUUUUGCACUUUUUUCAUUUUUAACCAACUAGAAUUGUGUUUUUUAGUAACUAGGCGUUACGCGUGUUAUCUAACAGUAAGGUAAGACUAGAUUAUCUUAAUACACUUAACCUGAGAGAUAGCGAAUAUUAUUUACUAACCAUUCAGCUAGGAAUGAGAUUUUAAUAUAUUUCAUGUUUUUUUUUUUGUCGAGUUUGAGAAGGGACUCAAGUUUCAAAGACCUUUUUGGGUUUAAACCAAAAUUAUUUGUCUUUCUUGCCUGAAUUGUCGUUUUAUAAGCUAAACCGUACGUAAACGUGUUCGUUUUUGUGGUAAACUGACCUUUUGUGCUUUCUAGUAAAUGACAUGAUGACAGCACAGGGAAAACCAUGAGUUUGGUCCAGAAACUGUUACAGGAAUGCCAUUUUAAUAAGCUUUUGUCAGCUAUGCCAAGAAUACAAUCGAAACUUGGUAAAGUGAAUCGCAUUACCACCUCCUUCAGAAUAAUACCAGCAUGCUUGCUGCUUCUGUACAUCACUAGCUUUAUCUCUAAUCCCAGCUGAAGUGUGUGGUAUUAAACGCAUGAUUUGAUUUCUGCAUCAAAGUGUCCUUAUUUACAUCCUGCUGUUGAUGUCAUCAGGCCCUCUGCUGCCAUUGAGGUCAAAGGUCAAUGCUUGAAGACGAUGCCACAAGUUGUGACAUCAAGCACCAGGUGAUUUCUUUUGUGCUGUUGACAUAGUAACCACGGCCUUAGUGUGUUUUCCUGUGCUUAGCUGUCAGAACCAUGUAUUAGUAUGAUUAUCUUGUUUUUUUAUAAUAAAACCAUCAAAUUCAA